AUGACAUUUGGAACUCCAUCAGCAAGACUCCAGCAAGGUGGUGAUUGGGAACUAGACAAAUCCAUCCUGAGAGUCAUUGCCAGUGCAGAGUCAAUGACAAAAGAAGAAAGCAGAGGCUUGGCUGAACUCCUGGAUCAAAUCACAGCAAGUCAUAGAGAUGGAGACAUGCAAUACUUGGUGGAUGCAUUACUAGCAAAAGGAAAGCAUGUAUCAACCAAACUAAAGAAGGUGCAUGAGCAUGAAUAUAACUCAGUCAGUGAAGAUGAGGAUAGGGGGGAUGGUCAGGGAAGUGCAGCUGAGGAGGAGGAAUGGGAGGAAGGUCACACAGAGGAGGCAUGA